AUGAGCUCCACGCAGUUCAACAAGGGCCCCUCGUACCGGCUGUCGGCGGAGGUCAAGAAUCGGCUCCUGUCCAAAUAUGACCCUCAGAAGGAGGCAGAGCUCUGCACCUGGAUGGAGGGACUCACCGGCCUCUCCAUCGGCCACGACUUCCAAAAGGGCUUGAAGGACGGACCUAUCUUAUGCACACUCAUGAACAAGCUACAGCCGGGCUCCGUCCCCAAGAUCAACCGCUCCAUGCAGAACUGGCACCAGCUAGAAAACCUGUCCAACUUCAUCAAGGCCAUGGUCACCUACGGCAUGAACCCCGUGGACCUGUUCGAGGCCAACGACCUGUUUGAGAGUGGGAACAUGACACAGGUGCAGGUGGCUCUUCUCGCCCUGGCGGGGAAGGCCAAGACUAAGGGGCUGCAGAGCGGGGUGGACAUCGGCGUCAAGUACUCGGAGAAGCAGGAGCGGAAUUUCGACGACGCCACCAUGAAGGCCGGCCAGUGUGUCAUCGGGCUGCAGAUGGGCACCAACAAAUGCGCCAGCCAGUCGGGCAUGACCGCGUACGGCACGAGGAGGCAUCUCUAUGACCCCAAGAACCAUAUCCUGCCCCCCAUGGACCACUCGACCAUCAGCCUCCAGAUGGGCACAAACAAGUGUGCGAGCCAGGUGGGCAUGACGACUCCAGGGACGCGGCGGCACAUCUAUGACACCAAGCUGGGAACCGACAAGUGUGACAACUCCUCCAUGUCCCUGCAGAUGGGCUACACGCAGGGCGCCAACGAGAGCUGCCAGGUCUUCGGCCUGGGCCGACAGAUAUAUGACCCCAAGUAUUGCCCGCAAGGCACAGUGGCCGAUGGGGCUCCCUCAGGCGCUGGCGACUGCCCGGACCCGGGGGAGGUCCCUGAAUAUCCCCCUUACUACCAGGAGGAGGCCAGCUACUGAGGCUCCCAGCACGCUCUCUUCCCACAUCGUCUCCCCGUCUGGGUUUCUGGGUUUUUCUGUGUUUUCAUCUUUGUUUGUUUUCUUAGCCGGUUCAGUGCUGCCAAUCAACCAAGGGUCUGUGAGUGGCAGCGUGGGAUCAGGCAGCGUGGGAUCAGGCAGCAGAGCUUUUUUCCCCUUUGCCUUGGUCCUUCGCAGGGCUGAGCCACUGGGCUGUGGGGGAGGGAGGUCAAGGCCAUAUCCCGAUACGUGUAGGGCGUGUAGGGCGAGGGUCCCUGCUGGCACGUUCAGGCUGUGCUGGGGAGAAGAGACCGGUUCCCAAAGGUUUCUGGUUGCCUCGCCUCUUCCCCCUUUUGUCAGCUGAGCAGUUUGUGGUUUCUCUGCAAGUUUCAGGAAGUAUUCACAAAAGAAAAAUACAUUUUGUUUUUUAUUCCUGAGGAAUGGGGCAGGGACAGUGGAGAAGGUGCUGGGAAAUCAGUCACCUGGGAAAGG